AUGAAAUGCGGUGAAAUCCAGAAAGAUAUUGUGCAAGCAUGUUCAGAUGUAAUUUUAAAUGUUAUUAUGGGUGAGCUUGGAAAUGAUUUUUUUGCAAUUUUAGUAGACGAGUCAUGUGAUGUGUCAUGUAAAGAACAAAUGGCAUUGGUUUUGCGAUUUGUCAAUAGAAAAGGUGAAGUUGUAGAAAGGUUUGUUGGCCUUAGAAAUGUUAAUGACACUUCAGCUUUGUCACUAAAGGCUACCAUUUAUGAUAUGCUUUCAAAACGGAAUUUGAGUCCUAGUAGGAUUAGAGGACAAGACUAUGAUGGUGCUAGCAAUAUGAGUGGUGCAUUCAAUGGAUUAAAGACUUUGAUUAUGAAUGAAACAAAAUCUGCACACUUUGUUCAUUGA